GGCGCUCUGCCGGGCAGGAAGCGUCUCUGUGGUAUCUCGGUCCACGCGCCUACCAUGGCGUCCGCUCCCGCUGUGUUGACCCGGCUGUUGUGUGCAGGUGUGCGGCGCUGGCCAGGUUUCCUGCAGAAGACGGCUCCGGGCCCAGCGGGGCAGAAUGGUAGGAAGGUCACGGGAGUCCCGGUCCCAGCGGUCAGCGAGCCCCAGGACGGCGACGAUUUCCAGAGCAGGAUCCUAGACGCGCCAUUACAGCAUCCCGAUUUCUUCAAUGUAAAGGAGCUGUUUUCUGUGAAGAGCCUCUUCGAGGCUCGAGUACAUCUGGGACAUAAAGCCGGUUGCCGCCAUAGGUUUAUGGAGCCAUACAUCUUUGGGAACCGCCUGGGCCAAGAUAUCAUCGAUCUGGAUCAGACAGCUUUGAAUCUCCAACUGGCUUUGAACGUCACUGCCCAUGUGGCCUACCGCAAGGGUAUCAUCCUGUUUGUGAGUCGGAAUCGUCAGUUCUCUCACUUAAUUGAGACUACAGCCCAAGCCUGUGGGGAAUACGCCCAUACCCGAUACUUCAAGGGUGGCUUGCUGACUAACGCACAGCUCCUCUUUGGGCCAACAGUCCGCCUGCCAGAUCUCAUAAUCUUCCUGCACACCCUCAACAAUGUCUUUGAACCCCAUGUGGCUGUGAGGGAUGCGGCCAAGAUGAACAUCCCCACAGUGGGCAUUGUGGACACCAACUGCAACCCAUGCCUCAUCACUUACCCUGUCCCUGGCAACGACGACUCACCCCAAGCUAUUGAGCUCUUCUGCAAGCUCUUCCGGACCACCAUCAACAGGGCCAAGGAGAAGAGGAGGCAGGUGGAGAUCCUGCAUCGGCUGCAGAGCCCCAAGGGCUCCAAGGACAGUAGGACAUCUCCUGCACCUGAUAAGAGCCAUUCCCCAUGACAGGAAGCCCUUCUCCCACACUAGAUAGUCAGGCCUGUUGUGAGCAGGAAGGUCCUUGUCCCCACUCCCCAUCCUUACCAUAAGCACCACAGUCCUAUUUUCCCUAGAUAUGGCCACCCCAAAGUCCAGUGAUCUUGAGCUAACCCUUGUCUCUCUCUUUUCUGGGAACAAACUCAGGUAAAGUAUAUAUCCACACGGCCUCUGGCAUCCAUUAAGACUUGAACAUAGCUAGCCAAGUUUUGGCUUCUCUUUUCAGUUAAAAUUAACUCUCUAUUGUCUGCUAAUUAACCCUUCAUUCUCUGAAGAAAAUUCCAAGCAAAACAAUACUGAUGUCCCUCAGGACCCCCCAAUCAUUGCCUCUAGACCUGUAACCAGACUUAUGGCUAAGCAGGCUCCCAGAGGGGAGAUAGAAAGUUUAGUCCAUGUGAUAUGCCACACUACUUAAGAACUUAAUGAUUUUGCUAAUUCAAGCAGAAGUCUGGGGAAUAUAUGCGGGAAUGGAUUUUAAAGGUGUAGGGUAAUGGUGGAAGGAACAUAAAACUGAAUCAGGAUGAGUUUAUUGAUACAGGCCCUCUGAGUGGAGAUCUUAUGUUUAAUAUGGAAGUUCGCACAGUGAAAAAAGCUAUCAAAGGUUUGUUUAAAUUUUUUAAAAGACAGCCUACUGCUGGGAGCACAAAAGUCUUUGAGCCCACAGAUCACCAAGGACACCAGGAAUGUUAAUCACAUAGGGUUGUCUUCCCCAAAGAAGGAAAUCGAUACCUGUUUUUCCACCGAGAGGACUGAGAGUGGAUGAUGUUAAUGACCUGGUAACCUUUGCUGUUUGUAGAGCCAGACCUCACCCAAAUCCCCCACCCACCCACCCACCCAAAUGCUUAUCUUGGACUUUUCCUUCCUAGACCUUUAUUUUUACCUUAGUUUCUCUGCCAGUAGAAUCCAUCCUUAGGGAAGAUGUCACAGGACUUUAUAACCUGCUGACCUCUACACUGACUUGGUCAGAAACCAUACCAGAUCCUAGGCCUUUAAGCUAUAGAACCCAUCUUUGUGGUCUCUUGUACGUUGAGCUGAGUUUCGAUGUAAUUAUGCCUCUUAUACCCAGGAUUGUAUUACACCAGGAAGCUCUUUUCCACAAUUGUACUAUUUUAAUAUAUGUUCUCAAUAAACCACCUGGUGUCAGACUCUCUAGAA